AUGCGAGUAAUACCGGAGAAGGUUGAAGAUGCGCUCUCAUACUUGGACGAAGUGAAGGAGCGGUUUGCUGGUCAAGGCGCAAUUUACACCGAUUUUCUUGACGUCAUGCGGGAGUUCAAAAUGCAAACGAUCGGUACGGAAGUUGUCAUCCGUCGUGUUCGAGAACUUUUUGAAGGCCACACAGACCUGAUCGUUGGGUUUAAUAACUUCAUACCUCAAGCCUAUCGGAUGGAUGCUCCCGUGUCUCGUUGUCCCUCAACAAACAUCGGUGUCCGCAACUCUGGAACGCCAGCAAUCGAAAAUAUAUCACCCCCAAAGAAGUCAAGCACCAAGUCGGCGGAUAAUUCGGCGGACUGGGAAGCGUCCGCGUUCUUAUCCUCUGUUCCUAUACCCCAUGAUAAUCUCAGCCGUCAGAGCGCUUAUUCCCCUUCAGUUACGUGCAUUUCGUCUGGUCAUGACAACCUACCACCCCGAUCUAAUAACGUGGUCUCUUCUGAUCAAUCCACUACUGCAACCAGCCAAGUAUUGCUCACAACAUAUAAUGAGGGCUUACAAACCCAGUCUUUCCGAAGUGCUUACUCGGUGGCUUGCGGUACUGGCGCACAUCCGACUGUCCCAAGCACAAAUGUUUACCAUCACCAACAGCAACAGCAGGUUCAGUCGUUUAACCACGCGUUGCAUUAUGUCAACAAAAUCAAGAAUCGCUUCCAAGGCGUCCCGAACGCGUACCAGCGGUUUUUGGAUAUUUUACAAUGGUAUCAAAGGGAGCAACGACAUGCAGACCCGUCCCGCAGGAAGCUUGCUGAGAAACAAGUGUAUCAAGAUGUCGCGAAGCUAUUUGAUGGCCAAGAAGACUUGUUACAGGAAUUUGGGCAAUUUUUACCCGAAUCAACCGGUGUGACAAAUGCUGUGACCGAAAAUCUAAUUGGAAGGAAACCCACGGGACAGUCACAGUCAAACUCGGAGAAUUCACCGGAGAGUGUUCCGCUACCACAAACCAUAAGCCGUAUAUCUGAAGGACUCACCCUGACACUAUCCUCCCGGCAGCGACAGGACAGUACUGUCAGCAAUGCGACUGCACCGCUGCUGAAUGUUGACCUCAAGAAGCUGAAGCGACUGGCCCCUGCUCCACAGGGUACACCCUGUAUGAGCAAUAAUGCAUUGAGCACGGCCCCAAAGAAAUGUCGUCCGGCGGUUCGGGACGUCAGCGUGACUGACCUCAACCAGCUUGCUGGUGGAGUUGAUGUAUCGCUACUGCACAAAAUACGGUCGGUUCUUUGCACUGAUAAUGGGAGUGAUCGGGCUUACCAAACUUUUCUGCAAGCCUUAAACUUGUUUAACCGGAAUGAACUGUCAUCGGAUGAACUACUGCAAUCAGUUCGACCUCUGUUCCCACGCCAUCCUGACGUUUGGAGACGCCUCUGCGAUACGGUUUCAUCCGCAUCUCCCCGUCCUUACACUGACUCAUCUGGCGUUAAUCCAACCGGCCAUGGUUCAGCUGUUGCAAGUGAGCGCGACAGAGAAAAGCAUGAUCGCGAAUUUCGUCUGUUGAGCAGUAAUGUCCCAUCUGCUUACGACAUCCAACCAGAUGCGAACCCCGGUGCACCGAUAACUGGAGGCGGCUCUGGUAUGCCUUUACUCGAUGUCAGUCACAAACGUCUGGACCUAGAUUUCAUGAAGCUGCGAACAUGUGGCACCAGCUACCGCGCUCUUCCAUCUAAUUUCCCUCAAAGUAAAUGUUCAGGACGACUGAAAUGUCCGAUUGCCAGAGAGGUACUGAAUGACUCCUAUAUCAGUUUUUCCUCACUCACGUCCGAAGACUCGCAGUUUGUUUCUUCGAAGAAGAACCAAUAUGAAGAGCACAUGUAUCGUGUUGAGGACGAACGCUAUGAAGUUGACAUGGUUACUGAGUUGAACCGAGCAGCUAUGCAGAACCUAGUUGUAGUGAAACGGCGAAUGGACCGGAUGGGCCAGGACGAGCUCAACCGGUUUACUCUCGACGACAACCUCAGCGGCACGUCGGCCAUUCUUAUGCGAAAGGCGAUUCACAGGCAAGUUUCGCCAGUUGUCGUGACCAGUACUCGUUUUCAUAUACCUUCACGCUUGCAGCAAAUUUUUUCCUUACGGCUACCUGUGUGGUUUUCCAUCAGCGACAUUCCAAACAUCAGUGAAAAACCGUGGGUCUAUGGUGACAAGGCUGGAGAUGUCAUCUAUGGACUGAAGAAUCGCCCUAGCACUGCCGUCCCACUGGUAAUCCAAAGAAUGCGGCAAAAAGAUUCAGAAUGGCGCGAUGCCAUCCGUACUUAUCAGCGUUCUUGGGCUGAGCAGGACGCACGGAAUUAUCUCCGAUCCCUGGAUCAUCAAGGUGCAACUUUCAAACAACGUGAUGCCCCUCUAAUUCGUAGCAAAACCAUGGUCAGCCAAAUCGAAGCGAUUGCUGGGGACGAUAAAUCUUGUCGAACUCCGCCGGAUCUCAUUGGCAGCAUGAUUUCCGCAUCGUUGACCCAGCGGUGUCUAACUGUUCGAACUGACCUCAAGACUCCUGGUACCUUUGGCUCUGCAUUGAUCAAUGUGAAUGAAGGUUACAAGGAGAACGGAGCACCUCACCUGGCUCUCGUUUACCCUCCACCGCCUACGCGAAAUUUACUUUUGGAGGAUGCGGCGUCGCUCAUCAUCCAUCACGUGAAACGUCAGUCCAAUACCAGCAAAGAGGACAAACGUACGAUGAAGUACUUGAUGCGCACUGUCGUUCAGGACUUAUUCAUGGCUGAAAGAUUUCCCAUGUCUGAUGACGAGGAGGAUGAAGAUGAAGACGAAGAAGAAAUGUUGGAGGAAUUGCCCGAUGGCGAAGAGGGCAAUCGCACUAGAUCUAGUCGUCAGUCCCGGUUACGCCGUGCAAAAGAAUCUAGAAAAUCUGAUGCUCUGCUGGAUUCUUCUGUUCUUCCAGACGAAAUUCCAGAGUCUGACAGACUGGAGGAAACCAGAUGUGGUUCACCCGACAUGUAUAGUUCAAAAUUUGGUUCAAGACACGCUUGUGAAGUGGAUCCAUCCUGUUUUUCUGCCGAUCAGGAAAGACAUACUGUCAACAAUUUCGGAUCGAGUCCCGGAAUGUUCCCUCCGAUGGACGGGCGACAAUCUCCUUCGAGUGAGUCACACCAGAUGGAAGAUGUGUGCGGCGCGAAUUUUCCGAAAGAGGAACAUUAUUCUCUAUUGUAUGGAAGCAAUCAUUGGUAUGCCUUCCUGAGACUGCAUCACCUACUCCUUUGCCGGCUGCAUCUGUUUCGGUCCCGGAGCCUUGAGUUAUCUAUGCAAGCCGCGUCGGAGAAUAAUGCUCCUGUGCAAGCGGCUGAGGUUUUGCGUCUCAAACGCUGCGGUGGUGUGGAUCCCUCCGACUACUACAGCCGUGCUCUAAAACUGGUGAAGGACUUCCUUGACGGUGGAGAAGACGUAACCGUUUAUGAGGAUCGCCUUCGGGACAUGUUUGGAAUCUAUGCCUAUCCUUGGUUUACGUUAGACCGCCUAGUUAAUAAUAUCGUGCGGCAGUUGCACGCUCUGGCUAGCGGCGACGAACUUAGUCAUCGGCUGACGUCACUUCAUCGUUCCUGGGUAUCCGGCUCAACGUGCAGCAGUCCUUUCCCUAGCCGUCAUCUCCACACCCCUGCAGUGGCUCCUGGGGCCCCACAUAGCAUUCGUGGUCCGCUUUGUACACGGGUUUGUCGGCUAGCAAACGAAGCGGCUUAUCGAUCCCAAGCCCUUGCCAUCAUCAGUUCAUGCCAUGGCCAAAGUGGAGGCAGUAACUGGACUCAACCCGGCCCCGUUGGCCCUGUUGGUUCUUGCAGCCAGACUAACAGUAGCAACCAAUCAGUCGGUGCCUCUAACAAUAUACCCAACUGCUACGCAAUAGUAAUGCUCUCAGAAGCCUCAACAAUGCUCAUCCGGCUGAUUUCACCUACAGUUGGAUCAGCUGGAUAUGACUCGUCAACAGUACCACAUGUCUGUUUGUCAUCCCAUCGCCCUGCUUAUCCAGCGCCGUCUUCCGCUCCCAGCACUUCCUCGGUCGCUCCCUCCGGCCCAGCAAGGCAUUGGUUUGGUUACCUCAACGCUCAUCUGGUUUGGACCAUUGGCUAUGUCCCCCGCGAUGUGUAUUCCCACAUCCGGCCCGUGUUUCUCUAUCGCACUGUUCGUCACUGUGUGAAAGCCCUCACUUAUGCGGCUUAUCGCAGGCGACAGCAGCAGCUGGUUGAAACCGGUGAUACCCAACCAGAGGAGCUUUUGUACAGUGCUAUCACCUCGCGCGAGCCUUCGGAACUAGGCUCCUUCAACAUCGCCUCCAAACAUGAUGAGCAGCGGGAGAAGGCGAUCGGAACCGACACUGAAUCAGCUUGCUCAUCUAGGAACACCGAAAGCGCUUCGUCGUCGUCAUCAGUCACUUUCGAGCAUGAUGUCUGGGAAUUCAUGUGCCAUGUAUUCAAAAGUGACCUCACACGCAAGGAGCUGUUCCGGGAUACCUUCUCAAGUGAUUGUAUGCAAUCCACGGAUCGACUCACAGCCAAGUCAGCUCCACGCACUCACAAAAUCAAUUGGUCUGUUGGUUCCUACGGUAUAUUCAUCCGUCGUAAACGAAGGCAUUCGUUGCGUGGACCAUCCCCACGGAAAUGGCACGCAUUUCACGCUCGCUGGAUUCUGGAACACGCCAGUCCAGACGAAACUGUUAGCUCCCAACUCCCCAAAUUAAAUCCCACGUCCAACGACGAUCCAGUUGCUUCUGUACAAGUCGAAACUCCAGAAAUUCCUAGGUGGGAUUAUGGUUACGCUCCACCUCCAUGUUCCACGGUCGAAGAAGACCCCAGUAAUCCACCUGCGGAACCUCCCACUACAGAUACCGACUCCUCCAUCCAUCGUGGCGGUUCACCCACUCGGCGAACUGAUGACACUUCCAACCAAAUGUCUAUAUCUUGAUGCCGUUGUGCAGAGCGUUGCUGUGACCCACCAUUCCCACUUUCUACUCAGACUGACCCCACACACCUUUGUACAUUGCUGCAGUAACCCACCACCUCACGCUCCUUGUAUUUUUGCCUUGUUUCCUCCUGUCUUCUACGUUCAAGUCAUUUUCAUCAGUUUUUGUCCAUACCGGUAAUGUGACCAACCUCGAUUUGAACAUCAUUGUACACAGAAUAACAACACACUUGUACGUUUGGUGCUAUACCACACGACAGUUCGUCCCCCCCCCCACACACACACGCACAUCUGCACACAGCAUAUUGUUGGUGGUGGUGGUGGUGGUUGCGAUGACGGCAAUGAUUAUGAUGUUAUCCUACGCCUUACACCCGAGUACAGAAGAACUCCUUUUUUCUACCACUACUAUUGACUCUGUUCAUCAACCCCAUGUUAUUCACGGUGUGCAUACUCGACUGCCUUCACUUUGUCUCUUGCGAAUCUGUUCGCAUGAUUCUCCAUCUGUAGUUAUUACGCGAAUGCGUAUGUUCAUACACAUCCAUGC